AUGAAUGAGAUCGAAGAUAAUCAAGAUCAAGAUAAUCAAGAUAAUCAAGAUAAUCAAGAUAAUCAAGAUCAAGAAGAUAAUCAAGAUCAUAUACUGGUUCAUCAAGAUCAUCAAGAUAAUCAUCAAGAUAAUCAAGAUAAUCAAGAUAAUAAUAAUCAAGAUCAAGAUCAAGAUAAUCAAGAUAAUAAUCAAGAUAAUCAAGAUCAUAUACUGGUUCGUGUAUGA